AUGUCCGACGACAACAUUUCCAUCUACGAUGAGAUCGAGAUCGAAGACAUGACCUGGGACGAGGACAUGCAGAUUUACCACUACCCUUGCCCCUGCGGCGACAAGUUCCAAAUCGCCCUGGCCGACCUACGCGACGACGAGGAUAUUGCCGUUUGUCCUAGCUGCAGUCUCAUGAUUCGCGUCAUCUUUGACAAGGUAAGUCCCAUCCGUUCGCAAGUGGAGGGCCUGGAAAGGAAGCUUCACGUGGAGAAGAGUUGUAAUGUUUAA